AUGCUUGGUGUUGCUGCUUUUGUUUUCACUUACUACACCACUUGGGUUUUUGUAUUACCAUUCAUUGAUGAAGAUAAUUUCUUGAACCAGUUCUUCUUACCAAGAGAUUAUGCCAUCAAAUUACCUUUAUUAUUGUUAGUCAUUGCUGUUUUGGGAGUUGGUACUUUUGUUGGAAAAGUUUUGGUUAAGAACCAACAAAAUCAAAAAAGUAAGAAAAAGUCACAAUAA